CGGGGCGCAGGGACGGAGAGCGCGCGCUAGCAGACGCGGUGGUAUUAAACGGUUGCUGGCGCAGCGAGCUUGCCGUGAACUUCCUCGGUCGCCGGCUCUUACUGCUGUGUUCGCCUUCUCGCUCUCAUCCCGUGAAGCCUAAACCCGCUACACUUCCUCUUUCCCUUAGCCUGUAGCCGCGUCGUUGCGACUCCGCCACCAUGUUCGAGGCGCGCCUGGUCCAGGGCUCCAUCCUGAAGAAGGUGCUGGAGGCGCUUAAGGACCUCAUCAACGAGGCUUGCUGGGACAUCAGCUCCAGCGGCGUGAACUUGCAGAGCAUGGACUCAUCCCAUGUCUCCUUAGUGCAGCUCACCCUGCGCUCUGAGGGCUUCGACACGUACCGCUGCGACCGCAACCUGGCCAUGGGUGUGAACCUCACUAGCAUGUCCAAAAUACUAAAGUGUGCCGGCAACGAAGACAUCAUUACACUAAGGGCUGAAGAUAAUGCGGACACGUUGGCAUUAGUUUUUGAAGCUCCAAAUCAAGAAAAGGUUUCAGACUAUGAAAUGAAGUUAAUGGAUUUAGAUGUUGAACAACUUGGGAUUCCAGAACAAGAAUAUAGCUGUGUAGUAAAGAUGCCUUCUGGUGAAUUUGCACGUAUAUGCCGAGAUCUCAGUCACAUUGGAGAUGCUAUUGUAAUUUCCUGUGCAAAGGACGGAGUGAAAUUUUCUGCAAGUGGGGAACUUGGAAAUGGAAAUAUUAAGUUGUCACAAACAAGUAAUGUCGAUAAAGAAGAGGAAGCUGUUACCAUAGAGAUGAAUGAGCCAGUUCAGCUAACUUUUGCACUGAGAUACCUGAACUUCUUUACAAAAGCCACUCCACUCUCUCCUACAGUAACACUCAGUAUGUCUGCAGAUGUACCCCUUGUUGUAGAAUAUAAAAUUUCUGAUAUGGGACAUUUAAAGUACUAUCUGGCUCCCAAGAUCGAGGAUGAAGAAGGAUCUUAGGCGGUCUUGAAAAUCCAAGAAAAUAAAACUAAGCUCUUUGAGAACUG